AUGUCGAGUUCAACAAAGCUGGACUUUUCCGAAGUGGAAACUUUUCUAGAUAAUCAUCCGGAUCUUUUCGAAGACUACUUGCUUAGGAAGGGGAAAUACAGCACGGUGGAGAAAUGGCUCAAGCAGCAUCACCUGAGCAAAACCACACUAACUUCCAGUACGGAGGAAAAGAACAUUCCUGCCAGAGAAUGCUGGGCGACUAAAGCUGACGGGCUGCAGAGGAGACCUUCUCAGAGGGAGCUCAGAAAAAGUUUUGCCAGAUCUAAGGCAAUGACCGCCAACAGGACUUACGACGAGCAUGUAAACUCCAGAGACAAGGAACCGCUCUCCAGCAUGAGGCGGCGAGCUCUGCUUCGGAAAGCGAGUUCGCUGCCUCCCACCACUGCUCACAUCCUGAGCGCCUUACUAGAAUCUCGAGUCAACAUCCCCCAGUAUGCAUCUACGGCCAUCGAUUAUAAAUACGAGCUCAGGGAUAGCAAUGAGAGAGAAUUCUUCCUGGAAUUAGUGAAAGACAUAUCCAAUGAUCUGGACCUGACUAGUCUAAGCUACAAGAUCCUCAUAUUUGUCUGCAUCUUGGUUGAUGCCGACCGGUGCUCCUUGUUCCUAGUGGAAGGAACUUCAAACAAAAAGACUCUAGUUUCCAAAUUCUUUGACGUGCACGCGGGGACCACGGUGCUGCCUUCGUGCAGUAUGGAAAACUCCAACGAAGUGCAGGUGCCAUGGGGGAAAGGGAUCAUUGGUUACGUGGCCGAGCAUGGGGAGACGGUCAAUAUCCCUGAUGCUUAUCAGGACCGUCGCUUUCGAGAUGAAAUUGAUAAAUUAACAGGAUACAAGACAAAAUCCCUGCUAUGCAUGCCGAUUCAAAAUAGUGAUGGCGAGAUCAUUGGUGUUGCCCAAGCCAUAAAUAAAAAUCCUGGAGGAGCUCCCUUCAGUGAGGAUGAUGAAAAGGCGCUGGGGAUGUACCUCCCAUUCUGUGGCAUUGCGAUCUCAAAUGCACAACUGUUUGCUGCUUCCAGAAAGGAGUAUGACAGAAGCCGGGCUCUGCUGGAGGUAGUCAAUGACCUGUUUGAAGAACAAACAGAUUUGGAAAAAAUUGUCAGGAAAAUAAUGCACCGAGCACAGACAUUGCUGCAGUGUGAACGAUGUUCUGUGCUGCUCCUUGAAGACAUUGAGUCACCGGUGGUAAAGUUUACAAAAUCUUUUGAGCUCCUGUCUCCUAAAUGCAGUGCGGAUGCUGAAAGCAGUUUAAAAGACAGCAUAGAAAAAUCAUCAUAUUCAGAUUGGCUGAUUAACAACAGCAUUGCUGAGCUUGUAGCUUCAACAGGUCUCCCAGUGAAUAUAAGUGAUGCAUAUCAAGAUCCUCGGUUCGAUGCCGAAGCUGAUCAGAUUUCUGGCUUCCAUACCCGUUCAGUCCUUUGUGUACCAAUAUGGAACAGUGGCCACCAAAUAAUUGGUGUAGCACAGGUCCUCAAUAGGCUGGAUGGGAAACCCUUUGAUGAUGAUGACCAGCGACUCUUUGAGGCAUUUGUUAUUUUCUGUGGCCUUGGCAUUAACAAUACCAUAAUGUAUGAUCAAGUGAAAAAAUCCUGGGCAAAGCAAUCUGUAGCUCUUGAUGUCCUGUCAUAUCAUGCAACAUGUUUAAAGACUGAGGUGGACAAAUUUAAGGCAGCAAACAUCCCACUUGCUUCUGAACUCAGUAUUGAUGAAUUCUAUUUCAAUGACUUCUCCCUUGACAAGGAUGCUAUGAUCACUGCAGCUCUCAGAAUGUUCAUGGAGCUUGGAAUGGUGCAGAAAUUCAAAAUUGAUUAUGAGACUUUGUGCAGAUGGUUGCUAACUGUCCGGAAGAACUACAGAAUGGUUCUCUAUCACAAUUGGCGACACGCAUUUAAUGUGUCUCAGUGCAUGUUUGCAAUGCUGACAACUGCAGAUUUUCAGGAAAUUUUAACAGACACAGAAGUUCUUGGCUUAAUGGUCGGCUGCCUAUGUCAUGACUUGGAUCACAGAGGCACCAACAAUGCUUUCCAAGCAAAGAGUGGCUCUGCCUUGGCACAGUUGUAUGGCACCUCAGCUACUCUAGAACUUCAUCAUUUCAAUCAUGCAGUUAUGAUUCUUCAGAGUGAGGGACACAAUAUUUUUGCAAGUCUUUCCUCCAGGGUGUACAGUGACAUCAUGCAGCUUUUGAAACAGUCGAUACUGUCAACCGAUCUGACACUCUACUUUGAGCGAAGAACGAAGUUUUUUGAACUCGUAAAUUCAGGAGAAUACAAUUGGAAUGUAAAGGAUCAACGAGAAAUGCUCAGGUCGAUGCUGAUGACUGCCUGUGACCUUGGGGCUGUAACAAAACCAUGGGAGAUCUCAAGACAGGUUGCUGAACUGGUUACGAGUGAAUUCUUUGAACAAGGAGACAGGGAAAGAUCAGAACUGAAACUCACCCCCUCAGCCAUCUUUGAUCGGAACAGAAAAGAUGAACUUCCAAGACUGCAGCUGGAAUGGAUCGAUGGGAUAUGUGUUCCCCUGUAUGAGGCCCUGGUGAAAGUCAAUCCAAGACUGAAGCCAAUGCUAAAUGGGAUUAUCCGGAAUAGGUGUAAGUGGGAGGAGAUGCACCAAAAAAGACAAGGGACCAGAGACAAUCCCAACUGCAGCAUGACCACACAAGACAUCAGUUAA